AUGGCCAUCGCAGCAACAAUCGACAUCGCAGCCCCUCCUGAGGUUGUAAGAGCGAAGUUCUUGGACUUCGAAUCCCUCCCAAAAUACCACAAAGACUUCUUCGGCUCCAUCACCCCGCUCGCUCCAAGCAAGUCGCUCGCUCCAGGCAACAAAGUCCAUGUCGUAUUUGCAGGCGCGGGGCAAAAAAUGGAUGCAAUCAUUCUUGAAAACAAGCCUGAACACUUCCAAUGGAGAGGCUCCAUUCCCGUUCUCUUCACUGGUGACCACGGCUUCAGAUUCGAGCCCAGCACAUCCAUCCCAGGCGGCACAAAAUUCACUCAAGAAGAGUAUUUCAGCGGUGCACUAGGGUUCAUGAUGGGUCAGAAUGUCAUUGCAAGGCAAUUGGGUUUUGCGGCGAAGACGGUCAAGGGCUGGGAGGGAUUUAAUCAAGAGUUCAAGGCGUGGUGUGAGAAGAAGUAA